AUGGACACGACGGAGCCAUGGACGCUGCCGGCCGAGGCGACGGUCGUCCACAAGUUUGGCAUGGAGUUCCACGCGCUCUUGACGGCCGAUGGUCUUCAGGGUAAGAAGAAGAGCAAGCUCUCGGGCUUGACGUUCCACCCGAUCCGGCCAUGGGCGGCGGCGGUCGAAGACAAGGACUUUGGCGUCGUCUGGAACUACGAGACAAAGGAGGUCUUGAAGCGCUUCUCGCUCACGACGGGCGAAGAUGCGGCGGCACCCGCAGAGCCCGACACGCCGCAGUCGCCGGGCGCGAUCAACCUCUCCAAGACGUUCUCGCCCAAGCUCGGCGGCAGCAAAACCAAGGCGACAGCGACGCUUCUCUUCUUUGAUCGCGACGCGAUCGCUCAUGCGUCUGGCGUCGCCCAUGGCAUCGAAUGCUACGAAGAGUACCUCGUCAUCUUUACGUUGCACCACGUCCUCUUUUGCGACAUCAAUGGCAAAACCACGCGACUGAUCACGCCCGACGAGCUCCAGCGCGCCACACCCACAUCGAUCGAGACGCUCCCGGGCGGCUUCCUCGCCAUAGGCUGCAGCGACAGCAAGGUGCGCGUCUGGAGCCCUCGCAUGGCCAAAGUGUGCCAUGUCAUCGACACGGGGCUGCCCCGCGACGUCGCCCACAUGGUGCUGAUUCCGUCCACGGGCGGCCACAUGCACACGACGCCCAAUACGCUCUUUCACUCGAGCGAGUUCCACUGCUUCUUGACCACGAUCAACGCCGAGGGCAAAGCAAUUGUGUGGUCGCUGCACCACUUGGAAAGCGAGUUUCAGCAGUCGCGCGCGAGCGAGUUUGACACCAAGCAAGCGGCCGGCUUCCUCGAAGUCACGCUUCUGCGCCAAGACGGCGCGAUCGCUGGCGUUUCCAAGGACGGCCACGUCCUGUUCUACGACGUCUCGUUCCUGCUCUCGUCCCGACCGAAACAAAAGGAACAGCGGGUUACCUUUGCGGGAGGGUUUUUGGCCGCGCCCACCGCGAUCCGACCGACGCAAGCGACGCUCUUCUUGGGCUCGAGCAAAAACAACUUUGUGCUGCUCCAGUGCGCGCAGACGUCGCUUCUCUUUAUCUCGGACCUCAACUCGAAGGGCAAGCCGACGACGCCGGAUGGCGAUGUCUCGCUCAUGCGCGCCGACGUGUCCAAAGACGUGCGCACGUUGCACCCGAAAGUACCGAAGAAGCUCAAGAUCAACACGGUCGUGCAGUGUCCGCGCGACCAGUCGCUCAUCGGGUGCGCGACCAACCACGGGCUCUUGCUCUUCAAGCUGCAUCACCUCAAACCGCACGUCGCCACAAUGAUGGCAGGGCUUCCGGCCGUGAUCCUGAGCACCAAUACGCAUCUGCGCACAGUGCCGCUCCUCGAGAAGGCCAAGAAGGAGCUCUACGCGCUCAAGUACGUGACCAAAGAGUCGAUUCCAGUGCUCCGGAAGCACCCGUCGCGCGAUAUGCUCGCCAUUCUCGCCGCCAACGGUGCCAACUUUGAGGUGGUGUCGGUGCUGCGCGACAGCCAUACUGUUCAAUACCAAAUGGUGACGCACGGACCUGGUCAAGCGAUCGCAUGGCACCACGACAAGCUGCGUUACGCACUCUUGUCCAUGCACGAGGCGCCAACGCGGCGCAUGACGCGCAGCGCGUCGGCGGCGGUCUUGCCAACCGAGAGCCCGCGGCGCAAGCUCGGUUUCUUCUCCAAAGCCGAUGACACACAUGUCGUCACAGGGCCGCAGCUCUCGUACUUUUACAAGAACGACGUCAAGAGCCUCGAGGCCGAGACGUCGAUCGCGCUCUACGACAUUGUCAACGGUGUAGCCAACGUGCUUGUCGAUCGGCUCACGCUUCGACACCCGAUCGUACACGUCUUUUCGGGCCCGCUUCUCGGUGUCGUGUACUGCGUUUUGCCCGACGACAAGCCAGCGUCGCCCAAAGCAAAGCCUUUGGAUGCGACGUCGGCGUCCAUGGCCGCCGGCGUCGAUGAUGUCGCCAACGUCAAGAUCCACCUCGAGUUUUACGAGUGGGGCGCGCCCGAGAUGGCCGCCGUGGACGGCCACCCGUCGUUGCCCAAGCAGUUGACCAAGGUCGGGGAAACACUGCAAGGACCUCUGCUUCUCGAGUGGGACAAGUCGGGCGUCUUUUGCGUCCUUGUCUUCACGCGCAACAUGCUCCUGUACCGGUACCGGGACGGCGUCCUCACGCUUCUGCACCGCAUCGCCGUCGCGCGGCCCGUCGUCUCGGUGCUCUGGGUGCACAUGACGCUCUUUGUCGCGACCAACGAGGACAUUACGAGCUACUUUUUCUGCGGCAGCCGCUCGUUCAGCUUCCUCCUCGCCAGUGCGGCGUCCUUCAACGAGAAUGCCAACCCCAUGGGCAUCCACCCGGCCGAGCUGCCCGUCCGGCAGCAACACCCUGGUGGCGGCCUCCAGCUGCUCGGUGUCGUCAAGGAGCAGCUCUACAUGACCUGCGUGCACCAGUGCGUCUAUGCGAUCGACCUCACGAAUGAAGUGCUGCAGUUUUGCAUGUUUGUGGCGCAAGGGUCGCCCACGAGAGCGGUGGCACUCGCGCCGCACAUUAGCCUCGACCUCGCCGACUACCUCGCCACGUAUCUGGAUGCGUUUGGUUUUGGCACGCUGGCCUUGACGCUGCCCAGUGUGUCGCUGAACAUCCAAGCCAACCUCUGCAUCAAGCACACUGCGACCGAGACGCUGUGCACGCUCCUGCCGCACCUUCUCGGAUCGUCUCUCGACAGCGACGACAUUCUGGGCACGUCGCUCUUGCAGCGAUCGAUCGCGGCACUCGUACGUCAAGGUAUCGACGUCGAGGCGCACAUUGCGCCGUUGAUGCACCGCCGACGCUUCCAUGACGCGCUGUACGUCGCGCUCGUCGCCAAGAAACCCGAGCUCGCGGCCCAAGCGCUGGCGGCUCUAGGCGAGUAUAGCGUGGCCGUGCUCCGCAACCCGAACAAGGAGAUGGAAGACACUCUUGUGAAGCGGUGGCAGCACGCGUUGCAGGUUGAGAGCGCCAAGCAGGCUGUCGCCAUUCGCCCGCCCGAAGUCAGCAACCAGUGGGAGUGA